AUGAGCUUUCGACACAGGAAGCGCCUUGCUACCUACUUACUGUUGGGACUAGCGCUUGUUCAGUGUGUUAACUGCCUCCCCGAGCUCAUUCACAUAGGUGGGUUAUUCGGUGACGACGAAUUGGAAACGACAGAAAAUACCUUCAAGUAUUCCGUUUAUAGAAUAAACCACGAAAGAAGUCUCCUUCGAAACACAAAACUACACUACGAAACACGCAAACUCCCUACAAAAGACACGUUUCUGUCAUCUAAAGAAGUGUGUAGCCAGGUACAUCUCAGCACCGCCGCCCUGUUUGGUCCUCGAUCUAACAACAUUGCCUCUUUCACGAAUUCUCUCUGCUCUGCUCUACACAUUCCGCACAUCGAGUUCCGGGAGGACGGGAACAUGGAACCGCCUCAGGGCUAUUCCAUUAACCUACACCCCAACGCGCAGCAAUUAGCACAGGCAUAUCAGGCCGUAAUUGAAUAUUACAGAAUGAAGGAAUUGCUCAUCAUUUACGGCGAAAAGGAAGGGUUGGUGAAAAUGCAGAAUAUUCUAAGAAGUGUAUCUCAGGAGCCCAGCAAAAAUGUUUAUAUACGACAGGCAGACCGAACCAACAUGCGUCAAGUUCUAAAAGAAGCAAAGAAGAAAAACUGGACCAAUAUGAUAGUCGACAUGAAUGCAACUGGAACAGGACUUCUUUUAAAAAUCGCUCUUCAAGAAGGCAUGAUAGAUCCAUAUCACCACUACAUUUUUACAACGCUGGAUAUUGACUCGAUAGAGCUAGAAAAUUACAAACACAACUACGUGAAUCUGACAGGAUUUCGACUGGUGGAUCCACAGGAUGAGUUCACACGACAAAUUAUUGAGGACAUGUAUGUGUAUGAAGCUAACACACAGCUCAAACUUAUUAACGACGUCAAAAAUAAGGAGCGGACCAUACCGUACGAGUCAGCCCUAAUGUUUGAUGCCGUGCUGCUAUUUGCUAAAGCUUUAGAGGAAAUGGAUAGAAGUGUUGCUUUCCGACCAGUGAAUGUUUCUUGUGAUGUUGACUACUUCUGGCCGACAGGCAGUAGUUUGUACGAAUUUCUUACUAUGUCACAUGUACGCGGUCUCACCGGGGAAAUCAGGCUACAGCAAGGCAGGAGACUAGACUUCAAACUCGACGUGAUGCAGCUUAAUGAGAAAGGGCUGUACAAAGCUGGGUUUUGGACGCACGAGAGCGGAUUUAACUUUACUUAUAAAGAAAGCACCCAGGUGGGAGUCCUGGGUAACAAAACAUUGGUGAUCACUACAGUACUGGAUGAUCCGUAUGUCAUGAUUAAAGAGGAAUUAAAGGAUGAUCCUGACCAGGAAAAGUAUGGCAAUAAUCUCUAUGAAGGUUUCUGUGUUGAUCUCUUAAAAGAAAUAUCCGAUAUUGUCCACUUUGAUUACAAAAUAACACAGGUUCCAGACGGCAAAUACGGUGUCCUGAAUAAUGGUCAAUGGAACGGAGUCAUCGGCCAACUGGUGGAACGGAAAGCUGACAUUGCGGUAGCAGCGUUGACCAUCAGUUACGAGCGGGAGCAAUCCAUAGACUUCACAAAGCCAUUCCUCAACCUCGGAAUCAGCAUUUUAUUUCGAAUGCCAAAACGAGAAAAACCAGGACUCUUCUCGUUUUUAAAUCCUCUGGCUAUUGAAAUAUGGAUAUAUGUGAUAGCAGCAUAUCUGUUAGUUAGCUUUAGUAUAUUUGUAUUGGCACGGUUUAGUCCAUAUGAGUGGUAUAAUCCCCACCCGUGUAACCCAGAAACGGACACGGUGCAAAAUACAUUUAACCUAUCAAACAGUUUCUGGUUUACCGUGGGGACACUAAUGCAGCAAGGAUCUGACAUUAACCCGAGAGCUGUGUCUACACGGAUAGUAGGGGGUACAUGGUGGUUUUUCACUUUAAUUAUUAUAUCUUCGUACACAGCUAAUUUAGCUGCGUUCUUGACUGUUGAGAGAAUGGAUUCUCCUAUAGAAAGUGCUGAGGACUUAGCGAAGCAGACUGAAAUUUCUUAUGGCACGUUAGAAGGAGGAUCAACAAUGACAUUCUUUAAGGAUUCCAACAUUGAACUGUAUCAAAAAAUGUGGAAUUCUAUGAACAAUAAAGAGCCUCGUGUGUUUACAAAUUCUAUGGAGGAAGGGAUAAGGAGAACUAUGGACGAAAAUUAUGCUUUCUUCAUGGAAUCUACAUCUAUAGAGUAUAUUACGCAGAGGAACUGCAAGUUAAUGCAAAUUGGUGGUCUUCUAGAUUCUAAAGGAUUUGGGAUAGGUACACCGAUGGAUUCUCCAUUGCGAGACCGGUUGUCAAUGGCCAUUCUACAGAUGCAGGAGGAGGGCCGAAUACAGCUAUUAUACAACAAGUGGUGGAAGAGCACGGGCAAGUGUAGCCGUGAGGAGCAGAAGGAGUCCAAGGCUAACGCCCUUGGUGUGGAGAACGUUGGAGGUAUCUUCGUCGUGUUACUUGGUGGUCUGGCGCUGGCCGUCUUUGUCGCCAUUUUAGAGUUCCUUUGGAAAUCCAGGCGAAACGCCCGAGAAGACAGGCAAUCCAUAUGUUCAGAGAUGGCAGAGGAGCUAAGAUUCGCUGUUCGAUGUCAUGGAUCUUCCAAAAAGCCUAAAUUUAAACGGACUUGUGCAAAGUGCAAGAAAAGACACAUAACGCAUUGCCCACUAACAGAGGUUCAAGUGGACUCGCCAAACGGCAUGUUGACUUUACGCGAAAUGAAGAAAUCCCCAAAUCAGCCGUCUAAGGAAUUUCAGUUCGGCGAAGGAGGUUACCUUCACGUUGACUACAGUGAUACAGAUACGUAG